ACGAAAGCAUACACAGCGGUCUCGAGUCUUCCUGUUAUCAGUGUACGGGCGACAGGCAAGAGGAAAGGAAGUGUUUUGUGCUCUAAAGAAGCUGAAAUGAGGUUCAUCUACAUCCAUGCCAUUGUCAUUUUACUAUUGCCAAUGGUAAUCAUGGCAGCUGUCCAUAGAUAUCCAGAUCGAAGUACUAUAAGAAACCAGCUUUUAGGAAACAUUCCCUGCGACUUCUAUGCUGCACAUUGCUCCACGAGAAGACUGUGUCACACCGGCCAGGAGCAUCGACUUUGCAAGGGAUGCUAUAUUGGCUCCGUUUACGUUGAUGUGCAUCAUUUUUGCAAUGGAAAGGGCACGUUUUACGAUCCAGAUUUCAAGGAGUGUGUAUCUGAGGAAUACGCCCUACGAACCUGCGCACCUGCCUCCAACCCUGUGCGUGAUCCGGGACAGCACAGAUUCAUCCAGUGUUCAGAUGCCGUUACGCGUCCGAAACAAGACUGGAUACUGGAUUUAUACUGCACAGAGUAUUACCUUUGCACCGCAGGCAACUUGUUCCAGACUAGGAAGCAGUUGUGUACAAACUACUACCAGUGUUGGAAGGGAGAGGACGGGUCUUGGUAUACACAGCUGAGGAACUGCAUUGACACUGAUAAAAUGUAUAAUUAUGAGACAGAUCGCUGUGAAUUUAAACCUAGAACUGGAGAACUAUGUCGCUGAAUGUGAGUUUUGGUAACUAUUAACACACGCACACACACACACACACACACACACACACACACACACACACACACACACACACACACACACACACACACAGUGUAUUCUUGUUGUUUGAUCUUGAAUUAUUUAUCAAAGAAGCUAUUUAUUAAUAUAUUACUUGUAUUGUUAGUGUUGAGGUUUGUCAAUAUUAAUACACAUCAAUACCACAUUAAUUGAGCGGUUAGAAGUAAGUAAAAGUACUAUAUUGUAAGUGUUACUAAUUUAUUUGUUUCUAAUGAUAUAAAGCUU